AUGAAGAGCACAGUCGCUGUGUUGGCCGUUGCGGCCGGCAUUCAGCAAGCAUCCGGCACCUUGAUCGACUUCAGUUCGCACAAAAAUACCUACAGCAGUUCUCAAAACAGCAAGAACGUCUGCGAUGAGCAGCAGCGUCAAGGCUGGGACUGGUCCGAUCUGGAGACCGGCGAGGUUUCCUCGUACGGAAACUUCUCUCUCAACCGCUUCACUUGCAACGAGAAGAGCAAUGACAAGCGCACCCUUUUCAGCCUCAAGAGCCAUCUUGCCGGCUUGAAGAACCAUUUCGCCAACAAGGUUAUCGAGGGAGUCUGCCAGUCCGACGCUAGCCUCUGCCCCGAGAUCCAUCACAAGUCCAACCUGCCCUUCUCCAUUGCCAAGGUGGAUGCCUCGUGCGAGUACGAUGCUCGCAUCGAGCUCCAGUACGAGAUGCCUGGCGGUGAGAUCUGCAGGACCAGCCACGACUGCUCCACCACAAGCGCGCCAAUCUUCAACGAGAAGUGCCUCGGCGCCAAGAAGGUUCGCUUUGUUCUCGCCGAGGCCGGCGACAAGGAGUGCAAGAUUUCCAUCAACAAGAUCCAGUGGGAUUGCAACGCCAAGCCCAAGAUGAAGCUUGCCAUGUUCCAACAGUACGACUCCUCGUACGGAACGCCCAUCGACUUUGGAGGCUUGUCAGCCCCCGCCGGUGGUGCUGACCUCUCGUCCUCAUAUGGACAGGCCCAAGCCCCCGCUGGUGGAAAUGACCUUGGAUCUACUUUUGGAACCCCCCCCGCCGGCGGGUCCGAGUAUGCUACUCCCCAGGGGCCUCCCGCUGCCGUUGAGCCCCAGGGGCCUCCCGCUGCCGUUGAGCCCCAGGGGCCUCCCGCUGCCGUUGAGCCCCAGGGGCCUCCCGCUGCCGUUGAGCCCCAGGGGCCUCCCGCUGCCGUUGAGCCCCAGGGGCCUCCCGCUGCCGUUGAGCCCCAGGGGCCACCUGCUGCCCUUGAGCCCCAGGGGCCACCUGCUGCCCUUGAGCCCCAGGGGCCACCCGGUGCCGGUGCCGAAUACACUGCGCCCAACGGCACUCCGGCUGGCGCGCCCAAUGGGCCACCCGGUGCCGGUGCCGAAACCAACGCGCCCGAUGGCACACCGGCUGGCACCACGCCCCCUGGACCUCCCGGUUCCGGUUCCGAAUACACCGCGCCCGAUGGCACACCGGCUGGCACGCCCCCUGGGCCUCCCGGUUCCGGUUCCGAGUACACUGCGCCCGAUGGCACACCGGCUGGCACCACCCCCCCUGGACCGCCCGCCCCGAUCAACACUCCGGUUGAUGCUGCCACUCAGCCAGCCAACACGCCUGUCGAUGGUUAUGCCACCCCAGGGGUCGUUCAGCCCACGGAGGCUUCCCAACCCGCUGUGGAGCCCACGCCAGUUGUCGAGUCCAACCCUGUGACUGGAGAGACCAUGACUCCAGCGGUUGACCCGUACUCUCAACCCGGACAGCCGGCCGAGUCCUCGAUGCCCGUUGAGUCGAUUCCCGGCCAGUCCUCGAUGCCCGCCGAGUCGAUGCCCGGUCAGCCCUCGCUGCCCGCCGAGUCGAUGCCCGCCGAGUCGAUGCCCGCCGAGUCGAUGCCCGGUCAGCCCUCGAUGCCCGUUGAGUCGAUGCCCGCCGCCACCUCUGGAUUGGAAACCGCGCCUGUUGAGACCGGUUACAACACCCCAUCCAUUGCGCAGAGCAGCUUCGUCCAGACUGCCAUGACAUCCUACAGCACCAACGUCUAUCAGUCUACCUCGACGGUCUGGGAUACGUACAUGUCUACCAUCACCAGCUGCGCUCCCGAGAUCCCCAACUGCCCCGCCAUUCCUCCUGGUGGCGUUGCCGUUGUCACCAUGUCUACUGCCCUGAGAACUACCAUUUGCCCCGUCACCGAGGUUCUCUCCAAUGUCAUUCCCGGAGCGACCUACCUGCCUGGCGAGACUAUUAUUCCUGCCGUUGUUCCCGGAACGAACCCUGCUGUCGUUCCCGUUCCCGGCGAGACCAACCCUGUUGUUGUCCCCCCUGUUGUUGUUCCCGGUUCGACCUACACCCCUGAGGGCCAGAACACUCCCGUCGUUGUCCCCGCCUCGACCUACCAGUCUCAGGUCCAGCCUGGCGUGCAGACCCCUGUUGUUGUUCCCGGUUCGACCUACACCCCCGAGGGCCAGAACACUCCUGUCGUUGUCCCCGCCUCGACGAUCCAGCCUGGCGCGCAAACUCCCGUCUCCUACGAGCCGGAGGUGACAAGCUACAGCGAGCGAAUCUAUCAGGGCACCUCGACCAUCUACGGUACAUCCAUGUCCACCAUCUACAAGUGUGGUCCUGAGAUUCCCAACUGCCCUGCCAUCACCCCGGGAGGUUCUGCUGUCGUUCCGGUUCCGUACGCCAUGCAGACCACCGUCUGCCCCAUGACCGACCGUGUCCCUGUUGUCAUUCCCGGAAGGCCCAUAUACCCCAACGGUCCCAACGGCCCCAUGGGCCCGAACGGUCCCGUCUACCCAGUGGGCCCGAACCGCCCCAUGGGCCCUCAGUACCCGAACGGCCCUCAGUACCCCAACGGUCCUCAGUACCCGAACGGUCCCCAGUACCCGAACGGUCCCAACAACCCCCAGUACCCGGUCGGACGUGUCUACACCUCCGUCUACCAGUCUUGGUCUACUUGCUACAGGCAGAACGUCGUUCCCAUCACCCAGUACCGCCCGGACAUUCCCAACUGCCCUUAUGUCAGGCCUGGUGAAACUGCCUACGUGACCAUUUCGGUUCCCUACAGCAGCACGCAGGUCACAGUCACCAAGACCAUCACCGAAGGCGUUCCCCACCAGCCCUCAGUCCGUGUCUACCAGACGGUCUCGACUUUCUUCAGUGCCUCGACCGCUACCAUCACGGCCUAUCGCUCCGAUAUUCCCAACUGCCCUCAUCCUAAGCCUGGUGAGACGGUCUACGUCACGGUAUCGGUUCCUUACAGCAGCAGGACAUACACCAUCACCGAGACUGUCGGCGUCCCCGGCCAGCCCACGCCCGUGGUCCAGCCGCCUGUCAUUCCUGGCCAGCCGCCUGUCGUCAUUCCUGGCCAGCCGCCUGUCGUCGUUCCUGGCCAGCCCCCCGUCGUCGUUCCUGGCCAGCCCACGCCGGUGGUCAUGCCGCCGCCGGAGAUCCCCGGUCAGCCGCCUGUCGUCAUUCCUGGCCAGCCGCCUGUCGUUGUUCCGGGCCAGCCGACGCCGGUGGUUACCGUCAUGCCGGAGCCCAACGUUGUCCCGCCUUUCCCUUCUGUCGUUCCCCAGUGCGUCAACACGCACUUGGAGAUGGCGAAGUGUGCCAACAACAUGGACAUGUCCUGCUACUGCCCCAGCGAGGAGUUUGUCAAGAACAUCUACGAAUGCAUGUACGCUCAUGAGAUGAACGGCGACAAGGUCGCCGAGGCCAUUGCCUACUUCCAGGGCCUCUGCAGGACCUAUAUCCCCAAGAACCCUGCGAUCGUGACGGCUGCCGAGAUCAUCACCAACCGCAUUACCGUCACUGGCACCCCCCGCGUCACCUCGGCCUCGUACACGACAGUUGUCCUCACCAGCCAGGUUGUCGAGCCCAACACCGUCGAGGGCAACACCGUCACACGCAUCCUCUCCCACGAGUACGUGGUGCCGGAGAUCACCAUGCCCUCGACUUACCCGCAGGUGCCCGAGGUGCAGGUCGUGCCUGGCAACACCGACACCCACGUCACCACCGACACCCACGUCGACACCCCCGCCACACCUGGCUACCAGAACCCGCCUGUCCCGGCCAACCCUCAGCCUCAACCCCCGAAGGCGCCGGUUCACUGCAUCCCUGGCAGCCCGAACAACCCGGCCGACUGCAUCAAAGCGCCUGUCGUGCCUGCUCCCGUCGUGCCUGCGCCCAUCGUGCCGCCUGCGCCCGUCUACCCCGGCGGUUCGAACACGUGCGUCGAGGGCGACCCGAACAACGCGGCCGACUGCGUCCCUGCCGCAAACCCGUCGGAUGUCUACCUCCCUCCUGUGGGUACUGGGUACUUGCCCAACCCCACCGACGUGCCGGUCAUGGCCGGUGCUGGUCGCGUGGGCGCUGGUCUUGGCCUCAUCGCCUUGGUCGCUGCCGUUGUCGCUCUGUAG